GCGGCGAAGCUCGUCACCGUCGAAAUCUCAAGGUUUUCUGGGACGGAGAUGGACAGCGACAUGGAGAUCUCUCUCGACAGGCUUCCGAUAAAGCGACUAGAAUCCAUCGAGGAGAACGGCGCGGAGCGUUUUCCUUCCGACGUUGGCUACGACGACAAGCGAGUCUCGUUGAUUCGGAGAAUAGACUUCGCGUGGGCGUUGGAGGAAGAAGACGAGCUGAAGAACAAUAAGAAGAAGAAGAAGACGUCCAAAGAGGGGCCGGAGCAGUGGCAAUGGAAGGGUAUGGUGGAGAAUUUGCAGUUGGCUCAUCAGGAGCUCUCUGUCAUCAUAGACCUUAUCAAUACCGUGGAAGCGAAUGAUGCAGUGACAGUGGCUGGGAUGACUAGACCUAAGCCUAUGCCUAAUGAGAUUCUCUCGGAUCUUGCUGUGUCUACUGCUACCAAGUUGCAGAGCUACAGGCAUUUAGGAAAAUUCUUCAAGCAAUCAGCAAAAUCUUUAGAGCAGAAAGUUAACCGAGAAGCGAGGUUUUAUGGUGCUCUUAUCAGGUUGCAGCGGAACUGGAAAGUCAAGCGACAGCGUGUACUUGCUUCAAACGCCAGCAACGAGGGUUUCACUAUUGACCUUUCCGACAGUUCAAUAUAUGAUCCCGCUUCUGGUUUUCGCCCAUCUACACUCUCCACUAUCCGUGUAGAACAUGAUUCAGCUGGUAUGCUGGCCAUUAAUCUACCCCAAGAUUCAUGGUACUCCCUCCGGUUUGGAUUUGUUGGCCUAAACUCGAUUGAUAACCCAAACGAGUCUGACGAGCACGUUGACUCCACCACGGGCCAGGAUUCAAUAUCAGAGAAGCAGUCUGUAAGUGACGACGAAUCUGUUAAAGAAACUCAUUCGCUACUGAGGGAGGUGCAUAAAUCUAUUUUUGCUGAGCAGUUGUUUGACAUGCUAAACCGCGAAGCAUUCAGUGAAGGUGUGGGGUUCAGCAUCAGUGGAAUACGAGAAAACUUCAUGGAGAUGAACAUUGGCCAAGGAGCUUCUUUGUUUGUAUCUCUCUACCCAUCGGGCAAAAACGCCAGCAUCAAGAAGUCGGAAUCUGCAAACAUGCUCAUUGAAUCAUCAGCGGAAGGAGACUAUCGUGUGAACAAGCUUGGGUUCCCUAGUCGUGCCAGCUUUGAAAUAUACUUGCAACAGAUUUUCCACGAGCAUGCCUUUGGCAAAGCUAAAGAUCAGCCAAAGUCAAAAAGCAACCGAGCAUCAAAUCAAACCGCAAAGGACAACAACUCUGGGCUUCUUGAUCAUUUCUGCUUAUCUUUGGCUCAUAGAAUCUUCUCAGCUAGAGUUCUUGUGCAACUAGAAAGCGUGGUCUGCAAGGUCCCGUAUCUUCAUUUGAUAUCUCAUCCUACAUGGAAUUCUCGGACAUCUUCAUGGACUGUACUCAUGACUGUUCCUCCAUCAAUCAUCCCUCAAGGAAGUUCUGAGAGCCAGUCUCCGGAUGGUAAGAGGAAUCUUAAGACGCAGUUCCGGACGAAAGUGGUGGUGAAGGAUGAUUGUAUCAGUAUCGAAGCGGAAUGCACUCCCAAUGUGGUGGGCUUACUGAAAAGCAAUUCCUGCAAUUUAUUCUCCAUGAACAAGUACGAAUGCGACUUGGCCGACCUUCCCGUGAUAAUUCUCCAACAGGUGGCGAGUCAGAUAGUGUGUUGGUUACUGGAGGAAGCAAGGACGGUAGGGACAAAAGCGAGCAGGGAUUUUCUGUCUUUGUCGCUAGAGAUAGUGGAAGGGGAGAGAGUGAGCCUUGUGGGACAAGUAAACCCAGAAGACGCAAAGGGAUGCAUUUCAUGGUGGCUUGUGAUGGAGAAUGGGUGCACCGAGGAGAGGAAAGGGGUGUCGGAGAGUAGGAAGUCGUUGGGGCAUUUGUCUCUGGAUGUGUUGUACUCUGUUCUCAUGGAUUUGAUCAACUUGUGUGGCAGUGGUCGGAAUGCUUUAUUAGACUGAUUGUAAAAGAACAAGACGAGACUCUUUAAUUUGUUCACUUCGGAAGAUUUUAUAAAUUUCAAUAGCUAGCAAGACUCUUAAAUUAAGCAGAAAUGAAUAUAUAUACAGCAUUAAUGUUACUUCAGAUUUUGAUUAAUUUGUAAGUUUUACAGUUAAUUUAUUCCAAUUGAUGAUGAUCUUCAUUUA